ACUGAAUUUCAUUUGUUUAAAUUCUACGGAAAUGCAUUUUCUAAUUUGAUAAAUUCUACGGAAACAAACGAAGGUGGACGAGUGAUAGAUAGAUAGAUAGAUAGAGAGAGGGGGGAGAGAGACAGACAGAUAGCUCCGGCCAGUCAGUAGCCAAAGAAACAGAUUUCAACUCAAACCAGCAAUUUUCAGGUGACAUUGGCUUAGAAGAACCAUUUACAUCAGAUCCAUUGUCAAUAUUCAUCAUGUUUUAAAGACCAAAGGAAGAUGUCAUGAAAUAUAGAAGAUAGAUAUAAUCCUGUUUAUGUAAUAUCUAAACUGAGUUAAAUAUUAACACUUCUUGACUUCAGUGCCUGGGAUAUGUUCAGGAAAUUUACAAAGGUAUUCGCAGUGUCUUCAAAUAUUGACACAAUCACAGCUGCUGGGAGUAAACUAUUCAGAUGAAACCAAGAUAAAAGUAUAUUUUGGUGAAAAAACUACAAAUAAUGGAAAAGGGGGUGGUUUUAACUGGUGAGAUAUUAAAAGAGAUUGGAAAAUCAUCUUACCCAUGCGAUAUUUGUGAAAAGUCAUUCUCUCAGAAAAGUAACCUUGUGAAACACCGACGUAUUCAUACAGGAGAGAAGCCAUAUCACUGUGAGAUUUGUGGCAAAUCAUUCUCUGGAAGUAGUUACUUGACUAUACACAAACGUAUUCAUACAGGGGAGAAGCCAUAUCAGUGUGAUAUCUGCGGUAAAUCUUUCUCUAGAAGUAGUGACUUAACUACACACAAACGUAUUCAUACAGGAGAGAAGCCGUAUCAGUGUGACAUCUGUAGUAAAUCAUUCUCUAGAAGUAGUAAUUUAACUAAACACAAACGUAGUCAUACGGGGGAGAAACCAUAUCAGUGUAAUAUCUGCAGUAAAUCAUUUUGUGGGAGUAGUGAAGUAACAAAACACAAACGUAUUCAUACUGGAGAGAAGCCAUAUCAUUGUGAUAUCUGUGGUAAAUCAUUCUCUGGAAAUAGUGACUUAAGUACACAUAAACAUGUUCAUACAGGUGAGAAAGCAUAUCACUGUGAUGUCUGUGGUAAAUCCUUCUCAAGAGCUAGUAACCUGAGUAAACAUAUACGCGUUCAUACAGGGGAGAGGCCAUAUCAUUGUGAUACCUGUGGUAAAUCAUUCUCUAGAUGUAGUAACUUAAUUAACCACAAACGUAUUCAUAUGGGCAAGAAACCAUAUCAGUGUGACAUCUGUGGUAAGUCUUUCUUUGGAAGAAGUGACCUAACAGUACAUGAACGUAUUCAUACAGGUGAGAAACCAUAUCACUGCGAAGAGUGUGGUAAAUCGUUUUCAGGAAGUAGUGCCCUAAGUAGACACAUACGUAUUCAUACAGGGGAAAGGCUAUUUUACUGUGAUAUAUGCAAUAAAUCAUUCUCUCGUAGAAGCGGUUUAACUAUACACAAACGUGUUCACACAGGUGAGAAGCCAUAUCACUGUAAUUUCUGUGGUAAGUCGUUCACAGAGAAAUGUAACUUAGUUAUUCAUGCACGUAUUCAUACAGAAAAAUAACUCUUUUACUCUUUUACUUGUUUCAGUCAUUUGACUGUGGCCAUGCUGGAGCACCACCUUUAGUCGAGUAAAUCGACCCCAGGACUUAUUCUUUGGAUGCCUAGUGCUUAUUCUAUCGGUCUCUUUUGCCGAACCGCUAAGUUAUGGGGAUGUAAACACACAAGCAUCGGUUGUCAAGCGAUGUUGGGGGGACAAACACAGACAUACAUAUAUACGACAGGCUUCUUUCAGUUUCCGUCUACCAAAUCCACUCACAAGGCUUUGGUCAGCCUGAGGCUAUAGUAGAA